UUGAACGUGGUUACGCUGCGACCGGUAAAUAAAUAGGUAGCAUUAGGGCUAUUAGUAUUUGUGGCUAUGAGGCUUUUCCUUAUCGAAAAGGGACCAAACCAGAUAAGAGCGUGAGCACAAACCGCCGUCCCUUUUCCUGUUAAAACAACAUUUUCAAUAUCAUCAUGGCCUCUGCUGCUUCACUAACUCUCCUAUCUCCGUUCCUCCCAAAUUCUUCGAAAUCUUCACUGAUCAAACUUAGAAUCUCAAACGCAAAUCAAAAUGAUAUAUCAAUGCAAGAAAACCUGAACCUGAUCAAUAUCAAUAAUAACAAAGGAAAGAGUCUGAGGAGAGAAAUAUUGGUUAAAGGACUGGCAAUGUUGCCGCUAGUGGUGUUGGGAGGAGCUCCCAUUUCUGAUGCAAAAGAGGUGGAGGUGGGGUCUUAUCUUCCUCCUUCUCCCACCAACCCUUCUUUCGUUGUCUUCAAGGCCUCCCCCAAAGACACCCCAGCUCUACGCGCAGGAAAUGUGCAGCCAUACCAAUUCCUUAUUCCACCAACUUGGAAACAAAGUCGUGUGGCCAACAUAUUAUCAGGCAAUUACUGCCAGCCAAAGUGUGCAGAACCAUGGGUUGAAGUGAAAUUUGAAGAUGAAAAUCAGGGGAAAGUCCAGGUGGUGGCAUCUCCUUUGAUACGUCUAACCAACAAGCCUAAUGCAACAAUUGAAGAAAUUGGAAGCCCCGAGAAAGUGAUUGCCUCUCUUGGUGCUUUUGUCACUGGAAAUUCUUAUGAUCCAGAUGAACUCCUUGAAACAUCUGUUGAAAGACUUGGACAACAGACGUACUACAAAUAUGUUCUUGAGACACCAUUUGCUCUGACGGGUUCCCACAAUCUUGCAAAAGCAACGGCAAAAGGAAGCACCGUUGUAUUGUUUGUGGCUAGUGCUAAUGAUAAACAGUGGUCAACGUCCCAAAAAACUCUAAAAGCAAUGCUUGAUUCAUUUCAACUCUAGCCUUUUCGACUCUAGCUUUGUGUUGGUAAGGACGACGGUUAUUUUGUAAUUUAAUGGUUGGGAUUUAUGAUCGCAUUUGUUAUUUUGUAAUUCUAACCUUUAGAUUAUUUUUUUUUUUCGUUUCCAUUCUUUUUACCAAAUGGAGUGUUAAAUAUAUGCAAGUUUCAAAUACAAAAAUUUAAUUAUAUCAUUAUGUUUGUAUUUGAUUUUCUCAUCCAGUAAUUUAUAUUAUUAAACAGUACUAAGUAAUUUUUAG